AUCUAGAGUGUGCCAUGCCCACAGUUUUCAACAGAAACGCAACGAUCUGCUAAUAAAUGGAACUGCUAGUUGCUAGCGAGUGAUGGAUCCAUCUUCUUGAACGAAGGCCAUCAAUACGCAUUUUGUUUUCUGUUUAUUUAACUAGUGGCUGUGUUUUCAUGGGAAAUGUAUUAGCAAGCUAACGUCAGAUAGCUCGAUAACUGCGCCAAAAAUGAUGCGAGAUUCAAUCGAAUGUUGCACUGCUAGCUAGUCAGCCAAAUCUGACUGGGGAAUGGUCAUUUCUCAGUUUGCCAGCAUCACAGCUCUGACACAUCACGAAGCCUUUCAGCUAUCGAGACAUAACGCUGGAAACUAGCUAACGUUUAGUUGGAUAGAAAAAGAGGACGAACAUUUGUUGGGAAGCGGUGACUGUGCCAUUGCAAGACUGGUCAUAUGGAUGCGUUGCCUUCGUGUGCAUUUUAUUGACAAUUGUGGCUUGGCUCUAGCUAGGGGGCGGACAGCUCUGAGAAGGCGGACAGUUGGCUACGUUAGCUUGUUGGAUGUCGCGGCAGUGCAGUUAGGUUCGUUCGUAGGGACGCACGAACCCAGUCAGUAUCGCAAUCGAGGCGGGUAAUAGGGAUAGUUAGCUAGCCAGGUAGCUAGCUAGUUGUCCAACUAACGUUAGCUAGCUAACGUGAGAAAUCUAAAUAAGGCUUGAAGCGCGCAUCAACGGAGAGAGGCCCUCAACACACCCCCUCGCAUCGACACUGCCCCCUCUUCGCCGAUCCUCCCGUGAUUUGCUGAGAUCUGUACACGGGUGAAGUCGGACAGUUCUCGGUUGGGGACAACUUGACAGCGAGGCCCCUAGCUCCCCUCCCCCAUUCCCAUCCAAGACCCCUCAGUCCACCUCUUCGCAAGACAUUAGUGAGGAUCGGGAAAUUAGAUACCUAGCUAAAGUUAACCCAUCCAACCGAAAUCUGUCAUCCAGCUAGUCCAUUCUAACCCGCGGGUUGCCAAAACCAGGAGGGAUGACUUUGGAGUCGAUGAUGGCUUGCUGCCUGAGCGAAGAGGCGAAGGAAUCGAAACGAAUCAAUGCAGAGAUAGACAAACAACUCCGGCGAGACAAGCGGGACUCGAGGAGAGAACUGAAAUUGCUCCUUCUCGGUACAGGAGAGAGUGGGAAGAGUACAUUCAUCAAGCAGAUGAGGAUCAUCCACGGGGCGGGCUACACAGAGGAGGACAAGAGGGGUUUCAUCAGGCUGGUGUACCAGAACAUCUUCACCUCCAUGCAGUCUAUGAUCAAAGCCACAGAGAACCUCAAGAUCCCCUUCAAAUACGAACAGAACCGGUCUAAUGCCAUGUUAGUGAAGGAGGUGGACAUAGAGAAGAUCUGUGGUUUCGACCAGCCCUACAUCAGCGCCAUCAAGACCCUGUGGGCCGACCCUGGGAUACAGGAGGCCUACGACAGACGCAGGGAAUACCAGCUAUCAGACUCCACUAAAUACUAUCUAACUGAUCUGGACCGUAUCUCAGACAACAACUAUCUGCCCACACAGCAAGAUGUUCUGAGGGUGCGAAUCCCCACCACCGGCAUCAUAGAGUACCCCUUCGACUUGUCAAGCAUCAUUUUCAGGAUGGUGGAUGUAGGGGGUCAAAGGUCAGAGAGGAGGAAGUGGAUCCACUGUUUUGAGAAUGUCACUUCCAUCAUGUUCCUGGUGGCCCUCAGCGAGUACGACCAAGUCCUGGUGGAGUCUGACAACGAGAACCGUAUGGAGGAGAGUAAGGCGUUGUUUAGGACCAUCAUCACCUACCCCUGGUUCCAGAACUCCUCAGUCAUCCUGUUCCUCAACAAGAAGGAUCUGCUGGAGGAGAAGAUCUCAUACUCCCACCUGGUCGAUUACUUCCCUGAGUUUGAUGGUCCCCAGCGAGAUGCCCAGGCAGGCCGGGAGUUUAUCCUGAAGAUGUUUGUGGACCUGAACCCGGAUAGCGACAAGAUCAUCUACUCACACUUCACCUGCGCCACGGACACCGAGAACAUCCGCUUCGUCUUCGCUGCCGUCAAAGACACCAUCCUGCAGCUCAACCUCAAAGAAUACAACCUGGUCUGAGAGACUCUUGCACACACACGCACACACUCUUCCCAGUUGCACAGCUUAGCCUACACACACACACACACACACACACACACGGACACCUAUGAAGCUUACACACACCUACAUGUCUAGUUGAUCUUUCCCCUCCUGCUUUUCACUCCAGCGAUUUUAAGACCCCUCUCUUCCAAUAUCUCUCCUCCCAUUCGCUCUCUCAUUCCUUCCCUCUUUCUACCCUUUUGCCAUAAGCCUGUCCUCUCCCUCGUUCUCAGCAGCUUGUCAGUCUCCUCUUCUCCACACCACACAUACACACACGCCAUGCAGUAUACAGUGACUACGGGAGGGGACAGUGUGUGUGUGUGUGUGUGUGUGUGUGUGUGUCUGCGUGUUUGUGUGUGAGAAGGUGAGAAGGUGAGGAAGAGGACCAGUGUGGUCAGUGAACUGUGGGUCUUUAUCCCUUGAACCAUCAGUCAACUGGCCUGAGAUCACAUCCUCUGAUUUGGUGGAAGGAGUGACCCAAACGCAAGGCAAAAAAACACCUGAGAGGGUGAUGUUUUACACUCUAUAAGGGAGGGGAUAAAGACUGGGAGUGGGGUGGAGACGAUGAGGUAACAAAGGAAGCCACUAGGACCCGAGCAGGAAGUGAUGUCACACACAAAUGAGGAGUCAGACCAAGGAUUCUGUUUGCACCUCGCAUCGAUGAAUGUAUACUCCCGAGUGAUCGUUGCAAACGCAAAAAAAUAUAUAUAAUUAAAUAUGUUAUAAAGUAAUUACAUAUGUAGACAAAAUACACUAAGACUGAAAGCACCAGAAGGAGUGGAAAAAGCUAAUUGAUUAAAUAUGUGUAUCGCUGAGCUUUUUUACAAAUAGUUUUUAAUAAUAGUAACUUGUUGCUACGUCAACUUCUAUCUGACGACUAAGAAGUGGUUUGAAAAGUUUUAGAAGCGGUUAACAAAACAAAAUCUCGUAUUUAAAAAAUUUGCAAAAUUGCCAAAAUAUCACAAAAACAAGAUGGUAACCAGAAACUGACUCUAAUUUUAUCCUUUACAGACGACUGUGGUUGUUCAUGUUUAGGUUUGAUCACAUCGCUUCCCUCCUUCACUGGUAUACUGACUGAUACACCGGAACCUUCCGUUUGACAUCCGCAGUACCAUGUUCUGUUUGAUACACGCUACAUUAAGAUUACCGAACAUCCAAAACUCGCUACUAUGUUCUGAUUGGACAGUCGCUGAGGGGGAGGGAGUCAUGAAUGGAUGAUGUCAUCAGCAUACGGUACAUCAGUCUGAAAGAAUGACAUCACGUGUUAAGUUGCCCGGCGACCCAAAUAGAUGUGCUCUGGAGAUUCUGGGCAAUCCAUCCCCACAAAUGACACGGUGGCAUCCAUUAUCCCAGACACACAGGAAGCUUUACGUUGUUUACUUUUUUUUACUGUAUAGACACUUUUGUUUGUUGAUGAGCGGUGGUUGUUGAUUGGUGGGAGCGGGGGACGUAUGAUCCUGCCUCCCAAAUGGACAGCGCACUCUGAAGUCUACAAAAAGUUAUUGUUUGUGUAUAUUUCUGUUUGUAAAUACAUGUACACAGAAAUGCUCCUGUACAAAAACACUCUGUGGUACAAAAAAUCUUUGGCAAAAAAAAAACACAAAAAAAAGAAAAUCCACUUUUUUCGAUAGUGUACUGUUUUUGUUUUCCUAUGAAUUUGCUAGUAUUUAUACUGUGAUUCUGGAUUUCUUUGAUGAUUGAUAAUCAGUUGAUUAUAAGAGGACUACACACACAGAGGGCUGCAGUGAGAGGAAAGGAACAGUCUCAGAACAGAGGUUCUAAACCAUCAGGAGCCUUCUAGUCUAGAACCUUUAGAACAUUCUAGAUCCUCGGCUCUCCUCUGCAGCUUCUCCCUACUAACACUAGAGCAGAUUAGUUAUUCACAAUAUGUUGACUAAAGACAUGAUAUUAAAAGAGUAACUAAAUAAAGAUUUUUUUUUUUUUUUUUUUUAUUUAAUAAUUUAUGGAACCAGGUUUGAAGGUGUUGAUAAUUUGACUGCUUUUGUUUCUAUCAUGUUGAAAUGCGGUCGGGGCUAGACUUGAGUCUAAUCUGCUGUAACAAAACAAACGUCUACUAUAGUAUGUACUAAAUCUCUGCUUUCUUUUUUUCUCUUAAGACAAUUCCAGAUGUACUUUGCCAUUCUAUCUAUAUCCAUGUUAAAUUCUUUGGUUUUCUUCUCACAUUAAGUCACUUUGUUUCGUUUCAUUGAUGAAAACUUGUAUUUCUCCUCUUGGGUUUCUAAUAGGCACAGCUCUGUAACUGCAUACAUAGGAAAUGUACCAUAUGAACGUAGGUGAAUUUUUAUAACCAGUGAUUGGAGACCAGUACGGUCUAUGCUUGCUCUGUCGUUGUAAUUUAAACACAGUUUGCGUUGUCGUUGGUUUGAGUUGUUUUAGUUCAAGUUCCGAGGCUUGCUUUGAUAGAACCAGUGACGUUGCAGAUCUACUUUUUAACCUCUUUCUACAGGCAACUUUUCUUCAUUAUUCUCAUUAAGGGCUAUCGCCAUGCAUCAGACAGGCAGGCAGAUGGGGGAGACGGGGCUCAAUUCGGUUUUCAAUUCAUGAAGUGAGUGGAAAUUCGAUGAGUGAAUUCACAAAUCCUAGAAAGCGAUGGGCAGUAGAGGACAUGGGUACACUGUUGCAUUCUGUCCUCAAGGGCUGCAGUUUUGCUGUGGUUUUUUUCUGUUGCCUUCUAACCAAAAAUGGAUUUCUACCUGUGAAAUCAGGUGUUUGCAAUCGCUAGCCGAUUGGUAACAUUCAUUGAUCAAGCAAAUGCCGGGGAGAAAUGAAAACCAGCAGGAAUGUGGACUUCGAAGCACUGGGUUGUGCAGCCCUGGUUUUAGGUUCACAGUCAACGAAGCCAUUCACUCAUGAGUGUUUGUGGGGAUCAUUUUGUUUCAACAAGGACUGUGUGUGAAUACAGCUGUGGUAGGAUACAUGACCAACACUAUCAUUAGAAGGUAAAUUUUUGUACUUUUUAUUUCUCUGGAUCAACAGUGGAUCAGACAAGCUUCCAGCUCCGAAUGAGGGAAUCUCUCAAGCCCCAAGUUCCCUACUUCACUGUUUGAUGUGUUAUCAUCAGGGGUGUGAUCCUGGAUCAGCUUACCCUCCCUCAAUGCUAACCUUAAAGACCCAGUGCAGUCAAUUGUGAUUUUCCUGUAUUUUGUAUAGAUUUCCACACUGACGUUGGAAUAAUCUUGUGAAAUUGGUGAUAAUGCUAUUUUAGUGUAAGAGCUGUUUGAAAAGACCGCCUGAAAUUUCUGCCUGUUUUGGUGGGAUGAGGUUUUGAUUUGUCUGUUCGAUAUCACCAUGCGGUAAAUUAGUUAAUAAACCAAUCAAGUUUCAAACCUCUCUGCCAAUAACAGCUAGUUUUCAGUUUUCCCCAUGCCACUCACACCACUUCGACAGUCCUAGCAAAAUUCAUGCUUGAUAAAUUACUCUUGCUAAAAAGCUAUUUUUGUUCGUUUUCACUCAAAAUGCUUCAAAAAUAAUAAAAGUAAGGUACUUAAUUGUUACCCAGAAAUUACUUGAUUUUGAGGUAAAAAAACAAUAAUUUAAAAACGUCUGCAUUGGGCCUUUAUCCAUUAGGGGGGAUGCAAAAGUGACCUUAGAUCAGUGUUAAGGGGAACUUUCCUUCUAUUGUUCUACUGUUAGUUUUACCAUCUGGGGGUGUGCUUUGUGCUUGUUGAGGAGAUUUUACACAUUGUCAAUAGACACUCCUACAGUAGAGGCAGGGUGGUAAACCAGGUGUUAAAAUGCUAUUCCAAGUUAAAGCAUAGCUGCACAACACAUAGCUCUAGCACACCUGUGCAGGAUUUUGUUCCAUACCAGCACUAACACCCCAGUCAACUGAUUGAGAACUAAUCGUGGUUUUGGAUUUAGACCGCAACUAGUUGAACCAAGUGUGUUAGUGUUGUACUGGAACUAAAGCCUGCACACUGCAGCCAGUAUUAGAGGAUGUUAUCCAAGUAUGACAUGCAGUAUUUAAUUCAGUGUUGACCUGCCCACAAACAAUGUGUUGAAUACAACUCGCAUAGCAAACAGACAAGCACUUGGGCUCCUGUACUGCCUCCACAAUGAAGGGUGAAAACAGCCCUAACUACAAUCAUCUAACUUGGUGAUUAAUCAGUUAUAUUUAUAGGAAACACUACUAAUCUCUUGUUUACCACUUUCUGUGGGUUAAUUGGUUGGCACUCCUGAAGUGUCUGCACAUUAGGGCCCAUAGUUUUUCCUAGGCUUUAACUAGGACCCAGAGUUUUACCUGGUCAGAUUAACAUGGACAUGGUGCAUAUUGAGAAUUUAGCUUGACUUAUUUCCUUUCAAUCUUUUUUGUAAGAUUAAAAAAACAUUACCGGAACACUAUUGUAUUUUGGACCACUUGAUUUAUUUUUUAAUCUAAGGAAACCUGAGGGUUAAAUGUUUUAGUUGGUGUAUAAAAGAUACAAUGCUGUUUUUGUUUCUUUAUUUUGUAUGUAACCCAAAUGUAAAUUAUGUAUUAUAUUGUGUGCCAACCCAACUCUCUCUAGAGCCAGGCUCUCUCUCUCUCUCUUAAGUGCCAACGCUGACAUCAUCAUCAGGGAACAGCCAUCUUGGAUGGUCCCAUUUUUAAGAACACCAGAGACCUAAACACGUGGCGACUACGCCACCCCUAACAAAAACUAUAAGUACACAUUUUUUGUGUAAUUAUAUAAUUGCAUGUAUUGUUUAGUGUUGGGAGGAAGUGAGGCCUCGGAAAAAUGUAUUGGCUGAUGCAGAGAUCUUGAUGAAAGGGUGAAAUCGGUUAUUGAUUGAUCGGUUGGUUAUGUAUUAUUGAUUUGCAAUACUCUCGCCAUAUUUCUUUUUUUGUUGUGUGUUUUCAUGCAUUUGUUUCAACCACUGUUGCCUGAUCCUCAUUCAAACAUGAACAUGAUUUAUUACGAUCAUCGCCGCCUUCUAAGAGAGAACAUAAUGACAAGGUAUCUGUUUUAAAUUUAAAUAAAUUUGUUCGUAUACUUGC